CUCGAUUCUCGAUCGCGCAGCCAUGCGACCAACAUCGAGAAAUCGAGAACAAAACUGGUCACUCCACCUCAGUUCCUCACAAUCUAGUCGCCUUACGCAGACGCAGGUGGACUCGUCCCUCCACUCCGUGUGCGUUUCCUUUCUGGUCGAGGAUCGCUCCCCGCGCUCCAGGCCACGCUCCCUAACGCCAGUCGCCUAGCUUCCCCGCCACUCACCAUCUCUCAACCGACUAGUCGUCCGUGCUGUCCCCCGUCAGCCACCUCCGCAUACCGCGCAGCGAUCCUCCGGUGUUCCAUCGACCGCCAUGGCGUCUGCACUCUCCUCCUGCGCCGCGGCGCUGUCCAGCCUCCGCGCCCGUAUGCCGGCCCUGCUCGGCCCCGUGAAGCUCGUGCCUGCUCUCGAGGCUUCUCGUGUCGCCGUCCCCUUCCGUUCGGCGUCGUCUGCUGCUGCUGGCGGUAGCCCUGUCAAGGCCGCUGCUAUCGCGCACGUGCGAGCAGCCAGCGGCGUGGCCGCCCCCGUCGAGGCGCAAGCACCCGCGGCGGCGUCCGACGUUGCCCCGCUGAUGCGCCCGUACCUCGCGGCGCUCCUGCGCAGCUACCUGGCGCGCAACCCCACGUCGCAGAAGGGCGUGCGCCUCGUGCAAGAGGCGGACGGCGGCCGCCCCAUCGUGCAGGACCACCUCGCCUUCCGCACCUUCGGGGCGGACGGCUGCGGUAUUGAGUCACUCGCCAAGGUGUUCCUGGACUUCGGCUACGUGCGUCGCGACAUGCUCACGUUUCCCGCCAAGAAGCUCCGCGCCUACUGGUUCGCGCCGCCCGAGCACUCGCUCGCCGGCGACGAGACGGACGAGGGCGGCGUGGGGCUCCGGCAGCUGCCACGUGUCUUCAUCUCGGAGCUCGAAGUGGACAAGAUGAGCGCCUUGGCGCAGGAGGUGAUCCGCAAGCACACGUCGGCGUUCAACCCCCUGCCCUCGCAAGUGGCGGCCGUUUCCAGCGUGCUCGGCGCGCUGCCCUGGGCCACGCCAUCCUCCACCGACUACCAGACGCUCGCCGCUGAGAGCGAGUACGCGGCGUGGACGCUGGUGAACGCGUAUUCGCUGAACCACACGACGGUGAGCGUGCACAGCACGCAGCCGCACGUGUUUGCGCAGCCCGCUGGCAGCCCUGGGUUCGCCAUCGACCGCCUCAACGACUUCCUGCAGAGCAAGGGCCUCACACUCAACUCCGACGGCAGCAUCCUCAAGGCCUCCCCUGAUGGGCUGCUCCUCCAGAGCAGCAGUGUGGCGGACACGCGCCCCUUCCACUUCUCCGACGGCGUCACCCUCUCCGUGCCCUCCAGCUACCUUGAGUUCGCCGAGCGCCUCGUGCUGCCCGAGCACAAGCACCUCAAGGCGGCGGACGUGCAGGAGCAGCACCGCCGCGAGGGCUUCGAGGUCGGCAACGCCGACAAGAUCUUUGAGAGCACCAGCUCGCACCAGCUGGCCGGCCGGCAGUAAUGCGGCAGCGGGAAGUAGACGUGGAAGCGGAAGUGCAGUCUGUAAUUGAGUUGAGAGAACGAUGCUGGGUGGAAGCUUUCUUCUGGCGUCAAGAGGCUACAAUUGUAUCUUCGAGUGGGGUGGGUGAGCUGCUGUUCUCGCCCCCUGCACCAAUCCUUCCUCCACUCCCUCCUUGCUCUUCCUCCCAUUCCCCUCCUAUCUCCUAGCCCUCUUCUUGUGUUUACCCCCCUUAAGCCAGCUGGAGUAUUCUAUUCUAGUCUAUUCUAUUCCUUUCUUACUCUAUUCUCUCUGUAGACCUCCUGCUCCUGCGUCCAUCUUCAAGCUCAGAGGCACACCUGCUGUCGCUGCUGCUUGGAGCAUGUCCAAAGCAUGGCAAGCGAUUUGGCAAGACGUUUGGCGGCAAGAGGCCUGGAAACAGGCUUGGCAAGAGAGAGCAGCUGUACAUUGGGAUUUGACAGGCUGGACACGCUGGCAGCAUUCAGUUGUGUGGAUAGAGCGGAGUGCUGCUGGGUAGCUAGCCUGUAUGGUGGAGCCAAAUCUGGUGCUGCCACUAACAUGUGUGAUAUGGGAUGUGCAGAGUAUGGUGGUGACCAGUGCUGCUGGUAGGUGUAAUUUGGAGAGCUGCUGCUGUAUCAUGGAGUGGUGCUGCUGCUUUGUUGCCUGCUGUUCUUAGGUCUUGUUAGGCACAUGUCUUUGGACUAUGAAUCAAGGAGGGGUUUAUUU